UAGAGCAGUAUUGUUUGCGCGCAUGGUCGUGAAAGUAUACGAGACCUAUCAUAUACGACACUUACGUUGGCAGCUUACACAAACAUAUUUCUACAUAGAUACGAAUGUUGCCCACAGUGGCCCAGACUGACAGCUGGAAGAACGCGAAGCAGGAGUGGCAGAUCAUGUAAGGGUACCUUGGCUAGACAGUGGUAGCUUGACAAUUUACGGGCAGGCACACUGCUAAGAAUACAUCAGAAGAGUUGACAGAAUAGGCAGAAGAAGGCAGAGCAGCGGGGGAGGGGGUGGGAGAGCAAAAGGCGGUAUGACACGUCCUCCCAAUAAUGACAACCUUAUGACCUUCAAGUUGGUCGUAGUAGGAGAUGGAGGUGUUGGAAAGAGUGCUCUCACCAUACAGUUCUUUCAAAAAUUAUUUGUCACUGACUAUGAUCCUACCAUUGAGGACAGUUACAUACAACAUACAGAGGUAGACAGGCAGUGGUGUAUUCUAGAUGUGCUAGAUACAGCUGGCCAAGAAGAAUUCAGUGCCAUGCGCGAACAAUACAUGCGCAAGGGUGAUGGGUUUCUGUUAGUGUAUUCUGUAACAGACAAACAGUCCUAUGAGAAUAUCAUGUAUUUUUAUACCCAGAUACUUAGGGUAAAGGAUAGAGACGUAUACCCAAUGCUUCUGGUAGCCAAUAAAGUUGACUUGGUACAUUUGAGAAAGGUUACAGAGGAACAGGGAAGGGAGUUGGCACAUCGUCUGGGUAUACCUUACAUUGAAACCUCUGCCAAAGAUCCGCCGUUGAACGUGGACGCAGCAUUCCACGAGGUUGUUCGUAUUAUCAGAAAUCAACCUCCGGCCGAAUUGGAUAAAAAUCGGAGGAAACGAAAAUGUUUGGGGAAAUGUAAUCUCUUCUAAGAUGAGAAGGAAAUAUCAAAGAAUUAACGUGGGGUUGCGUUACGAUCACGCAAUUUCUUCCACAUAGGGUCACUUUCGUUUGGAAAAGUGAGACACACCUGCCAAACAAAAAGAACGGAUCUUCUGUCCUCCAUCGUAUAUAGGUACCUAUGACUCGUGAACGUUUUCCCUUUUCUUUAUCCAUUCACCUAUGAUUUCAUAGCAUUAGUGAGCAUCGAGCGAUCGAUAUCCCACCCCUUUGUAUAAUAAUUGUACAAAAUAGCAACGAUAAGGGAUGCAUUGAAUCGAAAGGAUAACAAUGCGAUUCAUCUCCGAGACGUGACUAGAUUUUUUAAAAAUGAAAAUCAAUUCAACAUCGGUUUAAGACUCGAAA